CUUCAUCUUCAUCCUCAUAGACAUUUUUAAUACAUUACCUUGUGCUCCAAAAAGUACUUCAAAAUUAAUUUUUUUUACACAUUUUUUAUAAAAUUAUUCAAAACUUUGCCAAUUUAUAAAUUUUGAAUUAUUUGCAGAAAAGUGUUUGUGAUAUUUCUUUUAUUCUCCGAAUUUUUUUUUUUGUUCAAGUGAUAAGAGGUACUAAGCCUCUGGUCUAUAGUUUAUUAGCUGUCAGUUUCAAAAACUAUGAAUUGAAAACGACUACAUUUUACCUAAAAUGAUUAGAAUUUCAUCGUUUUCAUUAGAAUUAUCGCUCACUAAAUAACGGUGACUUUAAACUUUAAUUUAAUUUUUAUACACCCCGAAUAUAAUCGACAACAUGAAAGUCACGGUGAAAAUUCUUCAAGGAAAGCAAUGCGUGGUUGACAUUCUGCCUUCCGAAACGGUUUUGGAACUGAAGCACAAAGUCAGCACUCUUUUAGGAAUUGAUGUGCCUCAACAAAAAUUACUUCUCACUGGCAAAACAUUAGAUGAUCACAAUCCACUGAGCUUCUAUCCAGGAAUUAAGGAUGGCAGCAAGUUGAAUUUAAUAAUAAAGAAAAGUUAUCCAGUGCCGGAAAUUUUGAAAAGUAUGCACCUCCUAAAAACCGAAAUGACAAGGGUUCUUCGACGCUAUUAUACAGAAUCUGAAUCAGAAUUAAUAGCGGACGAUAUAAUAGAAGACCUGAAAAGUAAAGUGGAGAAUUGCAGUUACGACGACUUCGAGAGACUUGCAACUGCACUGAUGCAAGAUCAGGACUUAAAAUAAAAUCCCUUCUUUUUUCGACUUGUUACUACUCCGAUACUGUCAAUUUUUUUCCGAUCGAGUUAAUUUAUUGCCAUCAAAUAAUUGCGUCUGGUAAUUUUUAUUUUCUGUCUCAGACUUUUAAGAGGAAGAAACACAAUUUUACAGUUAAAAUAUGUAUUUAUUAUUAAGGCAUACAACUCAAUUGUGUACGUCAGACAUUAAGUGCAGUAACAAAUUUUUAAGAAAGUAGAAAUAGAUUUAUAUUUUAUUGUACAAAAUAGAAAUUAUUACAUAAGCUUUUACACGACAAUAAAUGAAUUACUGAUCUGCUAAA